AUGCUACGUUUUCUGUUCUUUUGCCUCGGACUCUGCCACGCACUCACCACUAAAUCCUCAAUCAAAGAUGAUUCACAGGUACUUUCGGACUUUGAAUAAGUGAAUAACGGGGAUGCGAAUUGCAGGUGGGAAGGAUCCUCACGUUCGUCUCCGAGUCUCAAAUGUCGUGCUUCUACGAACCGCUCGAGGUCGGAAUGAUCCUGAACAUCGGAAUGAGAGUGAGUGGAGCGAACAUCUGCCCAUUCGGUUCUUUUUCAGCCGACACUCGACGCGGUCUAUCCGAUGCAAUUUCGGGUCACUUCCCCAAGCGGCGAUUUCUCCGAUUGGGCGAGCGGCGACGGAGAUGCUCAUAUGGAGCACAACACGACCGAAAACGGUAUAGCGAAGGGGUCGGAAAGUAAAACAUCUGUAGAAUCCAUCAAUUUUACCAAAAAUGCUUCAAAAUUUUCAAAGUCGAUUUUCGACAGUCUGCAAAAAAGAGGAAUGAGUACUUGACAGGAGCCUACGAGAUUUGUGUGUACACUCGCCGUCCGAUCACAAUCAACCUCUACAUCCAAUUCUACAGCCCUGAAAAGGUGACAUUUCCCUUCCCGCUUCUUUUGUAAAAAUCGUCUCAUUUCAGAUGGAAAACUCUCUAAAAUCGUUUUUCGAUCACAACCAAAUCUCUAAAGACAUUCAGAAUUCGGUGAUGGCGUCCACGCACAGAAUAUACAAAAUUUAUUAUCAUCUGAAGUUCUACAACCAGGUAAUCGUCCACUUCGUCUCCAAUUGCCAAUCCUUUUUUUUGAGAUGGUCGUUCGUGAUGAAGCUCUUCAAAUUCAGAACUCGGAAUUCAUUCAAAACUACAAUGUCGUCUUCUGCGUCGUCGCCAUUCUCAUUUCCCUUUCACAAGUGUAUUAUGUGCGCAAGCUGUUCCGAAUCGAUCCUAACAGAAUUCGCAUCUAG